AUGUUUCCACGCGGACUGCUCCCAUUAUUCCUUUUACUAAGCCUGGGUACUGUCCAGACUGCAGCUGUUUCAAUAAGUUCCUUGUUCAAUGUCCUGUCUGGCGGUGGAGCGUGCAGUGACGACUACGUUACUCUGAUGAACAGCUAUCUUAGCGAUGUGCAGGAACUGUCAACAGCCUUUGCCAAUGCCAUUACACAUGCAAGCGACCUUCCUGAUACGGAAGAAGGUUGGGUUGCGCGAGGACUUUUUUGGAGUUGGUUUGGCAUCCAAAUCGAUGUGGACGGAGUUGUAACAUCAGAAACAGAGGCUCAGUGGGAGGUGGUCAAGGACAUCAGCUCAAAGAUGACAACCUUUUUAGACGGAUCUGGGAUGACCGCCCCUCAAACACCUCCUGAGAUUCUCUGCGAUGGCAACGGCUUCGCUAAAUACUCAUGGGAAGCUUCCAUUCUUAAAUGGGAUUCCGAGACCAGUUCAUACUACACAUACGAGAUCGACGAUGAGGAGCCUGAACUUUCGGAGAUUUACGAUUAUAAUCCUGAUCUCGUACCUUAUCUGCAAGAAGACAACCACAACUAUUACCUUGUCAAAGCCGGCGCAUCCGAUGACAAUAUCUGCGAGAAAGACUCGGGCAACAAAUUGUACGGCCAAGCUUUCUCUGGCCAACAGGAGACCACAAAGACCUACCUAGCUAGUCCAGUGCACAUGCCUGCCAUUUCACCCUUGAUCCUCAUGUGUCCGGCUACCUUGGCUCAGACGAGCUUAGCUGAUAUCAUCACCGCUAGCGCUGAUUAUGACCUGGGAGUCACUCAGAUUUCAUCUCUCACUAGUCGUGCGCGUGGUCCGACUACUCUUUUCCACGAAUUGAUUCAUCUGAUCUCUUACUGGACUGAGACUGACAGUGGAGACUUUUCUUUCAACCAAGACGAGUAUGUCACUGAUUAUACUUAUGACGUGGAUCAAUGCCUUUGGAUGGCCUUCGGACAGGUCAAUGUUGAGGUCCCGCAGGAAGAUGGAUCGACGGUUGAGAGAACGUUCACCUCAUCCGACACGGUUCGCAAUGCUGAAUCAUAUACAUUUUUUGCUUUGGCAUUUUGGUAUUAUAUUGAAACAGGUGAAACAUUCUAUACAGGUCUUCUGUCGACUUGGGAUGCACCAUUCAAUGGAGGAGACGCUGCUGGAUCUGAUGUUGGGUCAGAUACUGGUUCUGCCAAAAGAUCAGCUAAGCCCCACCACUAUGGCCAAUGGCUGGGGCACUCCCACUCAAAGCGUUACUAG